AGAAAGUUAAGAUGUUCAGUGUUUCUCAGUAAGCCUCAAGUACAUUGGAUGAAAUAAGGAAGGAGGUCUUAGCAGAAUAAGUGGAUUUGAGGGGCUCGGGAGGAAAACAAGGACGCUAGUUAUCGCUCUCUCCGCUGAAGAGGUGUGGUUUUGGCGAGGGGAUGGAGCACCCUGUUCACAGAGGGGAAACCAUGCCUGUUGGACUUCAUGACAGAUCCCUUGUGGAGGACGACGACGCACACAUGAAAGUGGCUCUGGGCUAUGGCGAUAUGGGCAUCUCUGCUCAUUUGCAGGCAUCCAAAACCGGCAACACACGCUUCUUCACGAGCAACACGCACAGCUCUGUGGUUCUUCAGGGAUUCGACCAGCUGAGGAUAGAGGGCCUACUCUGUGACGUGACUUUGGUGGCAGGAGACGGAGAUGAAGCGUUCCCUGUGCACCGCGCCAUGAUGGCCUCCUCCUCCGACUAUUUCAAAGCCAUGUUUACAGGUGGGAUGAAAGAACAGGAUUUAAUGUGCAUCAAGCUCCACGGGGUGAACCGAAUAGGACUGAAGAAGAUCAUUGACUUUAUCUACACGGCAAAGUUGUCGCUGAACAUGGAAAAUCUGCAGGACACGCUGGAGGCGGCUAGCUUUCUCCAAAUCCUCCCCGUGCUGGAUUUCUGCAAGGUUUUUCUUAUAUCCGGGGUCUCUCUUGACAACUGUGUGGAGGUCGGACGCAUCGCCAACACUUACAACCUCACCGAAGUGGACAAAUACGUCAACAACUUCAUUUUGAAAAACUUCCCUUCGUUGCUUGGCACGGGAGAGUUUGUGAAGUUACCUUUUGAACGCUUGGCUUUUGUAUUGUCGAGCAACAGCUUAAAACACUGCAGCGAAUUGGACCUGUUCAAAGCUGCGUGCCGCUGGUUGCGCUUUGAGGAUGGCAGAAUGGACUGCGCCUCCAAACUCAUGAAGAACAUCCGAUUCCCCCUCAUGAACCCACAAGAGCUCAUCAACCAUGUUCAGACUGUAGACUUUAUGCGCACAGAUAACACUUGUGUCAACCUCCUGCUGGAAGCUAGCAACUACCAAAUGAUGCCCUACAUGCAGCCAGUCAUGCAGUCAGAAAGGACAGCCAUCCGAUCAGACAGCGCCCACCUGGUAACUUUGGGCGGGGUCUUGCGUCAACAGUUGGUCGUGAGCAAAGAGCUGCGAUUAUUUGACGAAAAGGCUCACGAGUGGAAAGCCCUUGCACCCAUGGACGCGCCACGGUACCAGCAUGGCAUUGCGGUGAUUGGGAACUUCUUGUACGUAGUGGGCGGCCAAAGUAACUAUGACACCAAAGGCAAGACGGCGGUGGACACGGUGUUCCGCUACGAUCCGCGUUACAACAAGUGGAUGCAGGUGGCAUGCCUUAACGAGAAGCGCACCUUCUUCCACCUCAGUGCACUGAAGGGACACCUCUACGCCGUGGGGGGGAGGAACGCCGCAGGAGAGCUUGCUACUGUGGAGUGCUACAACCCCAGGACAAACGAAUGGACAUAUGUUGCCAAAAUGAAUGAGCCACACUAUGGACACGCUGGGACAGUGUAUGGUGGCUACAUGUACAUUUCAGGGGGAAUCACUCACGACACUUUCCAGAAGGAGCUGAUGUGCUUCGACCCGGACGCAGACAAAUGGACUCAGAAGGCGCCCAUGACGACGGUGCGCGGCUUGCACUGCAUGUGCACGGUGGGCGACCGUCUCUAUGUGAUUGGAGGAAACCACUUCAGGGGCACCAGUGACUAUGAUGACGUGCUCAGCUGCGAGUACUACUCCCCAGCUCUGGACUUAUGGACGCCUAUUGCUGCCAUGCUGCGUGGCCAGAGCGAUGUGGGCGUGGCUGUGUUUGAGAAUAAGAUUUACGUGGUGGGCGGGUACUCGUGGAACAAUCGCUGUAUGGUAGAAAUAGUGCAGAAGUACGACCCAGAAAAAGACGAGUGGCACAAAGUCUUUGACUUACCAGAGUCCCUGGGGGGUAUCCGGGCCUGCACGCUCACAGUGUUCCCCCCUGACGACCUGUCGGGUUCCCCAUCCAGAGAGUCACCACUGUCGGCGCCUUGACACGUAAUGGCUGGGCGGCCAUAAAGCUACACCCACCCAGCCCUCAGACAAACCCCUAUAGACUUUGUUUGCACUUCCUCUUGGACUACAUCUGUACUGCUAUGUUUCCCUAGCCCUUCUCCUCAAAGUUGUGCAGAAACUUCUCCCCCGACCCCUCAAGUUCAUACCGAUACAGUUUGGCAACCUAAUUACGUGUUAAUGUUGCAUAUUCGGUAUACUCUGUAUUCUUUGGCAGGAAACACCUUGACUUGAAAAGUGACUUUGCAAAUCAACUUUUCUACCUGAUGUCUACUAAGUUUUCUUAUUUCUUUUAGAGCUGUGAUGUUGACUCCUGCACUGUCACUGUCUCUCUGUCUGUAGAGCUAUGCCAGAGUCGAGCAGGUGAAUUCAGAGAGCUACAGCAUAUAGGGAUGAGUUGGCAUCACAACACAAACUGGUUUUUAACUCAGGGCUUGGCACAGGCCCCACUUCUCUUGGACAGUUUCAUUUUAUUUCCCGCUGUUGCUAUGAAACUGUUAACAUGAUGGUGUUUUCUAAAUUUAAUAAAGACGAUUUUGAAAGUAA